CUCACAUAAGCUCCAAAGAAAAGAGCAGCAUCAGUCACGACGUCGUUUCUGCCAUUGAGUCACUUCCGCAGACAGUGGUUCUUGCGUCUUCGAACACUACUCUUAAAAAGUGAAAAUUUGCAUUAUCUCUAGCGCUUUCAGGCGUAGUCGUCGAAAUAAAGGUCGAAAAAUUGCUGAAAAGGAACGAGAGUUGCCAGAGACAUGGCUGUGAGCCUAGUAAACCCGAAACUCAGCGUGUCUGAUUCCCAGAUGGCAUAUUUAGAAGAAGCGAGGAGCCGGACUGGUUACCACGUGUACUAUCAAGGUGAUGGCGAGUCUACGACUAAUAGGUAUGUGCUCCCGCUGUCCAGUACUGCGAGCACGUACUCACCAACCAUUGUCCUCGCCGUAAACAUCGCUGCCGGAUUCAAAACGUUCGAGUUUCGCCUAUUCGCUGGCAGUACAUCUCGCCACAUCGUGUACCAGUACCCAAACCCGGAUGUGAAGGGCAGUAAGCAACCGAUCGCCUGGCGCAAGUUCAAUGACCAGGACCAUCCUCUCGAAGCGCCGGUCGCCAAUACCCUCGUGCGCUCGGGAAUGCGCAUUCUUCGCAUCACCUAUGAUGAAAACCUUGAUAUACAGUUUUACAUUGAUUCUGAGCCUUUAAUGGGUAAACGGCUGAUUUUCAUCGACCAACUGAACCGGGUGAGCAUCACGACGGACAACGGGUACGUUUUCGAAGGCCACUACACGGCUGAGGAUCCAUCUGGCCCUUUCGACCUGAGGGGUUUCGAAACGUCGGCCACGCCGAAGCUCGCCCCUGGUGCUUACAUUGAAAUCACUGGAAUCGCAGAUGGAGGCCCCGACGUCCAUCUUAUAGUAAGCCAGAAGGGGUAUCCCGACCAAGAGCCGCAAUCAAGGUACGUCGCCAAGAUGCCGACCAACAAAGUUAUCACAUGGUUGGUUCGCUACUACGCGAGGAAGCUGACAAUCGACUCGGGGGAGAAGGUUCACGUGUACGAGCACAACUUCCUGGCACCUGCUCGGUUUUGUGUGAAAAAUUUCACGGUUUACAACAUUUUGAUGGUCCUGCACGCCACGAGGGCUUCGGGCUCUCAUGGAGUGGGCGUCUCCCAUGACGGAACCGGGAGGUUCAGUUUCCUGGCGGCGUCGUGGACCUGCUGGAAGGCCCAGAGUUGGGAAGCGAGUUCUUCGCUCCGGAUUGCUUCUUCAAACGUGCGCUUGUCCGGUUCGGAGUUUAUGUGAGCUUGCGAGC